AUGCUAAAGCGCAAAACCAAUCAGUUGUGGACUUGCCUCGCUACUUUUACCGUGUUGGUGUCGAUAGCACAAGCUGCAGCUCUUGUGCUUACGGAGACACAAUAUGUCACAGUGACAAGAUCAGCAUACGCCACGAAUGAAGCUGGCACGUUGUAUACGGAAUAUGUUGUGGACGGGCCAACGAGCGUGCCAACGACGCCUUCUCCUGUUGAGCCUGUUGAGCCUCCAGUGGAAGAUGCUCCUGCGGAAGAUGUUCCUGCACCAGUUGAUCCAGUUGAGCCAGUUCAACCGGUUGAAGAACCGCAAGUGCAACAGUUAGACGCGGUGCAGGAGCCAAAUGCUGAGCCUGCUCCACCACCAGUUGAAGCUCCCCAACCUAUCCCUGAACCCGCUCCUGAACCCGCUCCUGAACCCGCUCCUGAACCCGCUCCUGAACCCGCUCCUGAACCCGCUCCUGAACCCGCUCCUGAACCCGCUCCUCAACCCGCUCCUGAACCCGCUCCUCAACCUGUCCCAGAACCUGCUCCUCAACCUGCUCCUCAACCUGCUCCUGAACCCGCCCCAAAGCUGGCACCAGCGCCAGUUGAAGCUCCCCAACCUGCUCCCGAACCUGUGCCACAACAGCAAGAGCAACAAGUUUCAACGGCUGAUCCAUUCGCAGAUAGCAUACUCUUCGCCCACAACUCAAAACGUGCAUUACAUGGAGUCCCCGAAUUAUCAUGGGACUCGCAACUAGCAAACUUCGCUCAAGGCAUGGCAAACUCAUACGACUGUUCCGGCUCAUUAAGACACUCGGGCUCAAGUUACGGUGAAAACUUGGCUCUUGGGUAUUCUUCUAGUCAAGCUGCCGUGGAAGCAUGGUAUUCCGAGGGCCACAACUACGACUACUCGCUGGCUUCGAGGUUUGACCAUUUUACUCAGGUUGUCUGGAAAAGCACUACUCGUUUGGGAUGUGCUUAUCGUGAUUGCAAAUCACGCGGGUGGGGGUUAUAUGUUGUUUGCGAGUACAGCGCUGCUGGUAAUGUUUUGGGCCAGGGCAAACUGAAUAUCAUGCCUUUGGUUUGA